AUAACUGGCUCCCGUUUAGCUUGAGGAGCCUUACUGCCAGUAUCCAACGACACCCCUUCUCAACGUUCCUUCACCUGAGGCCCUUUCCCCUACUCUUGCCUGUCUCUGCUACCGCACCAUUCAAACAUUUAUCGUAGCUCCCUGUUGCAUGAAAUUUGCUUGGUCGCCUGCUGCAUUCUCAUCUCGCGCUCACGUGAAUAGCCCACUGGUCGCGUCUUGCUUUCAGACGCGAAUUUCGUAUUGCAGAUCUUUGCAUCGAUAUUCUUUUAUCUCUAGGCCAUACUCACGUCUUGUACUACCAAACAAAUUCCGUAUGCCUCACUCUCAAGUCGACUUGGAGGGUAAAUCCAAAGUCCUGGUGUUCGGUGCAGGCAACUUUGGUAGUUGCCUUGCCGAUCAUUUAGCCGACUCGUUACACGAAGUCUAUGUCUGGUCUCGCUCCGAAAACAUCGUUAAGAUACUCAAUAGCCAGCACCGGAAUCCAGAGUUCUUGACUGAUCAUGUCUUCCCGGAUGGCCUAAAAGCAGUCGGACCCGAGUUCCCGUCUGCCGCAUUGAUACAGGAAAUGGACGUCCUUCUCUUCGCCAUUCCAACCGAAGGUGUCAGAUCGACCUUGACUGAGCUAAGGCCAAAGCUCAAUGAUGAUGAUUUGCCCUUGAUGAUUUUCGUGAAUAAGGGCGUGGAGCUUGGUACUGGCGCGCUCACGCUGGACAUUAUAGCGGACACAUGUGGUCCUAAAAUUGCAAAAGCGUCUACGUUCAUCUCUGGGCCAUCAUUUGCAAAAGAAAUUAUUCGAAGACAACCUACGUCCGUAUCGGUGUCUUCGUUAUCGGAUGAUGCAGCGCAAAGGGCAUGCAAGUUAUUCCACCAGCCUUGGUUCCGUUGCUACACAGGCGAUGAUCCUGUGGGUGUCGAAUUAGCAGGAGCGUUGAAGAAUGUGUAUGCAAUUGCUUCCGGUAUUGCAAACGGUUUGGGGUUCGAAAACAACACCAGAGCCAUGCUCAUUACCAGAGGGCUUGCCGAGAUGACGCGGAUAGGUACCGCGUACGGCGCUUCCCCACUUACUUUCCUGUCCUUGGCGGGGGUCGGCGAUUUGUUCCUAACAUGCAGCUCACCGACGAGCCGUAAUUACACGGUCGGAUAUCGGUUAGGCAAGGGUGAGAAGCUGAACUACAUACUUGAGACCCUCGGCAGUGUUGCGGAAGGUGUAACAACGACGAAGGGCCUGAAAGAGCUCAUCGAUGAACUGGGGGUGACGGCGCCAUUGGCGAUUGCGGUUUACGAUGUCUUGUAUGAAGGGAGAGACGUCGCGGAACGCGCAAAAGAGCUGUUGUCUUUGCCGCCGAUUCGCGAGCUGGAUCUGCCGUUACAAGGGAAGCCAGCGCAGAGACUAAUGAAAAAACUGGGAUUGGCCAACGAGUAGAGAGACAAGUCUAAUAUAGGAGAGCUGUUGAGUGUUUAUCAUUAUACACAUGUGAAAAGAGAACUUGCAACUUGUUCUGUUCUGUU